AUGAACCAGAUCACAUGGUCCAGAGGAGACUAAAGUUUCGGUUUACUUUCUGUCCCACACCCUCUCAUUUUCCUGUUUGUAUAUUACAGAAGGGCAUAGUACAGCUGAAAACCCUGGCUACUAAAAUAUCUCUCUCAUUAUGGAUAUUUGGUUUACAUUUCUAAGGAACUUCCAAGCUUCAAGGACUCGCUUGGAAGAAUUCACAUUCGAACAGCUUUCAGGAUGUCUAUGGAUACUUACUUGCCCAAGUGACUUGUUAGUUGUGAACUGACAUUCAUAAUAUCCUCAAAGAACUGUGUUUUAAGUUUCAUUUGCAUACACAAGAGACCUUCCUUACAAAGAAAUAAUGGAAUGUGAAAUGCAAUUUUUAACUUUCUGCCUGACAUAGAAUGAUCGACCAUGAAAGCAAGACAAUGAGAUUUACUAAGCAAGAUUUGGGUAUGAUGUGUUUUGGGAUUGUGGUUUAUGUGGCCGAUGUUGGAGCUGAUUUUUGGAUAGCAAGAACAUACUGGUGUAAGGAACAAUAUUUAUGGUGUGGCUUAAUACUGGCCACAGGAUUUUUUUCCUCAGUAGUUAUCCAGCUAUUCAGUUAUAUUUGGUUUAAAGAAGACCGUGCUGAAAAGCUGAACUGGAAAUUAAUUUUACUACAUUUAUUUCAUGGUGGAAUAUUUACAAGGUAUUGGCUUGCACUGAAUCAAGGCUUUCAAGCUGCAUGUAAACCAAAAAGUUCAGAAAAUAUAUUGAUUGAUGGUCCCACCAGCUUCAUUCACAGAAAAGCUAUUUAUGCAAUGGCAGAUAUCAGUAUGCUCCGACUAUUUAAGACUUACCUGGAAAGCACACCUCAGCUUAUUCUUCAAGUCUACAUCCUUAUGACAUCUGACAAUUCUACCUUCACUCAAUAUAUUUCAAUCACUGUCUCUUUCAUCAGCAUUUCUUGUGCAACAGUGGAUUAUCAGAUUGCUUUACGAAAAUCCUUGCCGGACAAGAAGACAUUUGUCAAGAUAUCUUCCAAAAUGAUGUAUUUUUCUUAUAAGCUGCUGACACUAACCUCUUGGAUACUUAGCAUUGCGCUGCUAGCAGUCCUGAGCAUUAAUACUUCUAUCAUUCUUGUUGUGAUUCUUUGGAUGGGAGGUGUAGGAUGGGCAUGGAAGAAACACACUACAUUUUGUAAAUCCAAAACACCAGAAAUUGUCUACAGAGUUACUGUGGGAAUCAUUCUUGUUUUUACCUUUUUUAAUAUCAAGGGAGAAAAUACAAAAAUCCCCAUGUCUGUUUAUUACGUCAUUCGAGUGCUUAUAAUUUCAGCUAUAUCAAGCGCAAGUUUGUUCUGGAAAUCAUCAUUCAACGGGAAAAUAUAUUUGUCAUUUAUGAUCGCUGCAAUUGCCACCGCCUUAAUAUUAGGUAUUAUUUUUCUAGUUAUUUAUUAUGCAUUUUUUCAUCCCAAUAUUUAUUAUCCACAAGAUGUAGUUGACGGUCCAGGAAGUGAGAGAAAUGAAAACUGUAGAAUGAGGGCAUUCCUGAUGCAAUAAAUCUCAUGAAACUAA